CUGCCGACAUCAUCCAUGUCCACAUCCGUUGGCUGCUUCGCGAUAGCUUCGCGAGAUUUGGUAGGCGUAACUGGGCUGCUAGUCCGAGCACAGGCAGAUCCUCCUGAUCUUGUAGGCAGCUGUACAGGUGAAGACAUGGUUCGUAAGAGCUCUUUUGAAACCGAUUUCAAUGCACCUUGUCGUUGA